GUGUCACUGGCUGUGACUGCGGCGAGUGUCCCGAGCCAUGAAUCUCCCCGGUGCACGAUACCUGUGAGUGCGGCGAUGAUGGCGGCGCUGUCCAUGGUAAAAACCGGGUAAGGUGUUUCACACGACUCGAUUCGACGCUGUCAGGAUGGUUGGGGUAGCCAAUGGCGCUAGCUGUCACGUCCUUCGCUCUCGGGGCGCGAGCGACGACUGGCGGGUAGCGCCGCGCACAACGCAUGCGCGUCGUCGUGCCGUCAGCUGAUAGUGCGUGAGCGAACGUUACCUUUAACAAUCAUAUAUUGCGUCUUGACCUAGAAAAUACGAUAAGACAUCUUUUUGGGCAUUACGUAAACAUAUGACGACCGUCUUGGACAUUAACAGCUAAGGCUUUGUCAUCCUGUUAAGCUGAUCCGAUCACGUCCAUUCCCACAGAAGAGCAGUUCAUUUGUGUCAGGAACGCUGAUGUAAGAGCGCUGGCCACCUCGGACCAAGUGAAGCCCGAGGAGGGUAGCCCCCGGUGGGAAGCCCUCCAUUCUGCUCCAUCGCAGCUCUGCUCUGGGUCACCUGUGGGGCUUCAGGGCUCUGCUGCGACCCACUGUGUCAGGCCAGCUCAGUUACCGAUAUACACGGGUCGGAGGAGCACCUGCGCCCGGCUGGCUCGGUCUCUCGAAGCUGGCCGGUGGUGAACGAUAGGUCAGAAGACUCUGCAGCGGCGGACCAGCGAGGUUCCUCACCAUGCUGAAGGGAAGGACGCCCUACACCAGGACGGCCAAGGUCAAACGCCGCAAGGCACAGCCGCUGGGCGUGAAAAUAUCGUGGAACAACCCGCCAAGGGUGGAGCAUGUUCUGGAGGACUCUGCCGCCGAGGCAGCCGGCAUCAGAGACGGAGACCUGCUGAUUUUCGUCGGCAAGACCAACGUAACGGAGGCGGACUCGGCUACUGUGAAGGAGCUGAUCAGGGAGAGCGGCGACACGAUCCUGCUGGACAUUUUCCGGCCGAGCUCGCCGGGGUCGGAGACCGACAGCGCGUCUAGCUCGCGCAGGUCCAGCGUGAUCAGCUUCGAGAGUCGCCCGGGCAGUGGAGCCGGCGGUCCGUCUCUGGCGGCGAACAGAGGAAGGCGGUACUCGGAGGCAGACGCCAGUCUCCGAGGCUUCACCACCUCAGAGAAGAGCGUUGUUACUCCGCGGCGUGAGAAAGAUAUUCAAGAAAAUGAGAAAACGCAAGAUCAGCAAAACAGCAAGUCUGACAAAAAGGAAGUUGGAAAAGAUCCCGAUGAGACAGCUCCCAGACAUCUCUCUGACGCGGACAGGUCUCGGCGCAUCUCUGACGGUUCGGAGUCGACCCUGUCUCCUCUGGAAGAGGACGAGGAACCAGCAGGCGGUGCCGGUCCGCCCCGGCGCCUCAGCUACCCGCCGACCCGUGCGUCCCAGCAGAACAGACGGGACGACCGCUGCCUCUCCGUGCCGAAAAUCCUGUUGCAUCGUCCAGACGGCAGCGGCGUUAGUUGUAUCGGCAGUGGCGGCGCCAACGACUCUGGCAGUGACACCGAUGUCGGUACGACCGCAGUCGAAGAGAUGGACAGCGACACCGAUCAGAGCUCGUCAGAAAUGGCUCAAAAAGAGAAAGACGUUACUGAGCCGAUCACUGAACACCAACAGAAAUCGGAUCAGCCAGAGAGUGGAGGAGAGCCUCUGAGAAAAGUAGCCACAGACCUCGCUCAAAAGGUAAUCCAUGAAGCCCUCGAGUCGCAUGCAAGCUCGUCUGGUACCGCAGAUGACAACUGCAACCAUCUAAAGAACGACAAAAGCACUACAAAGGAGACUCCACAAAAUGUCGGCCAUGCUACAAGUCAAAAGCAGCGUUCACAAGCGGAGACUGAAAAACGCAACGGCAUCGUCCAGAACACCAAAUCUCCUUCACGGAGGGGGUCACAGCAGAUGGUUGACCCGCACGAGGCCGAGCUGGAGUAUUACAGGGUCUCACCACGUCCAGACACCCCUAUCAAUGAGGUGGCGCUGCGGCGGUACGGUGCCAGCUGCCGGCCGCGUCAGCAGGUGGUGGUCUCUGCCAGGGGACCCGGAGGACCCCCGGAGCCGUGCGGCCGGCUGGUGGCGCAGAGGAGAGCCAAGUUUGAGUCGCCGCAGGACCGCGAGCAGGGCGGCACGGGGACACACCCGGAGCAAGCCGGCACGAGGUCAGAGCGGGGAUCGAUUACAGGUUCUGCCGUUAGCUCGCCGGGAAAGCCAGAGGAUGAGCGCCGGCAGUCGUUUCCUGUCGGCGUGGACCGUGGCACGGGAGCUGACCCGAAAUCGGAUUCAGAUGUCAAACCGACAAACGUAAAAGACGCGCAGCCAAAGCCGAUUAGCUCCAGGACGCGUCAAUCAAACGGUGAGCCAUCACGGCACACGUCCAUUACGAAAGAGGAUUUGCGUCAAGGCUGCGACAAAAAUGCCGUAAGAAAAGCUAUCAGCGUUGUGGAUGAAAGCUUCAAAGAAAUCAAUCAACUCGACAAUGAUGAACAGAACACCUACGCAGCGGGCGAUUCCUCCGAAAAGACUGUCGAUCAAAGGAAGCCUAUCGCGGUUGCUGGCAAGGCUGGGGUCUCUGCUGUGCCAGUUGCUGGUUCUGGUGUACCCUCCGAAAAACGCUCUGGUGAGGCCACUUCGUUGCCGAAAAACGUCUCUCAGAAGCCAAUCGAACGACAAUCAGCGGAGCAGCGUCAACAGGGCGCCAGCGUGCGACAGGGGACGGCGGGUGGCGGCGGACGCCUCCUAGACAGGAAGACGAUCGGGCGCGGGGAGCCAGUCUCCGCAGAGUCGGGAUCCACCGAGACCAGCGAGGAAGAGGACGACAGCGAUGAAAACGAGCUUCAUCACUGGGUCGUGCAGGAAACCACCACCACCCCGGGCGGCGGGGGCACACCCCUGCCUCAGCAUCCGCGCGGGGCGGCCUCCCCGGCAGACGAUCCGUCCAAACACAGACACAGCGGAGGUACUUCACCGUCUGGUAUUUCAAAGGACACCAAAGUGCCGAGCUCCGGGCAUUCUUCAGGAUCACAAGGAAAAUCGGAAACUGGGAUUGGAUCGUCGAUCACAAAACCCUUCCGAAAGAAAGACACAACGAACACUUCAAAACCAACCGAGUCACCGGCGCCAAAGGAGGACCUGUUCAUCACACCACCGCCCCCGGCCGACUCGCCUUCCCGAGAGGCCAGCGACGACGAGGCGUCCACAGCGUUCCAGCGGGCCGACCCGGCGGUGGGGCGCGAUUCGCUGACCCGCCGUCUAGCUCGGCCCGUCAGUGAGGGGGCGGUGGAGCGAGCUCCGGCCCGCACUCCCACCCCCGAGUCUUGGCUGUCCGCGCCCACCGGCGAUCUGCCGAAGCAGACCGGUGCGCCGGCGGCUCCGGCGGCCCCGGCGGCCCCGGCGGCUCCGGCGGCUCCGGAGGCUCCGGAGGCACCGGCGGCUCCCGGGGCCAAGAAGCGGCGGGCGCCGGUGCCACCGCAGCAGGCCCCUCCGCCGCCGCCGGUGGCAAUGGUGCGUCCGCGGCACAGCACCGGCGGGUGGACGGCAGAACAGAUGAAGGCCUACAUGGAGGCGAGCGACCCUAACGAGGCACGCCGGCUCGGUCUGGCCGACUGGGACGAGCCGCCCGGCGCAGGAGGGGCCGACACGACCGGCCGUCGAGUGUCCACGGUCUCAGCCCAAUCAAUGCCCACUGGAAACAACAAAAAGUCGAGGAAUAUUGCAAAGGCCACCAAGAAGGCCCUGGGUGGCAUGUUUUCACACUUUCAAUUCGGAUAG